AUGGAUGAAGCUGAGGCGGCUACAGAAAAUGCUGAUCACCAUUCAGUGUAUGAUGAAAGUGAUUUCUCCUCCGACGAAAAUGAAGAUGUAAUCGAUGAUGACGAAGUGUAUGAUGAUCUUUUUGAUGAUUCUGAUUUGGAGGAAGAUGAUGAUCAACUAAAUGACGCUUUUGUAUUGAGAAGUGAGGAAGAAAAAAAGUUUAUUUCAACGGAGGCUGAAGCCAAACUGAAAUCCCUUUACGAGUCUCUAUAUAUUGCUCACUUGAACAAGAAAACGCUCUAUCAAAUCGAGCCGUUGGAGUUGUUAUACUUAUUGACCAAUCACCGAGAUUUAGAUUGGAUUGACAUGCUAGGAAAUGCAAAAGAAAGUAAACGGAUUGAAUUAAUUCAAAAAGAAAUUCAAUCUCGAAUAGAUCAACAAACGGCUGAAGAAGCAGAGGAGGAUAAGAAUAAUUUGGAAGGAUAUGUUUUGAGACGAGUUAGAAAUCAUAGAGAUAGAGUUGUACAUAAUUUGGAAACGAAAGUUGAAGAAAUAAUUAGGAGUAUUCUCAAUGUAUUAUUUUUUCCUGUAAAGAAAGGAACAACAGUGAAACCAUUGGUUGAUUUCGGUCCAAAAAAACUGAAACCCAAACUAAGGAGUAUUGUUAAAUCAUUAGUGUAUGGUGAUUUAAUGCAUAUUGAGGGGGAAUCCGAAACAAUUUCACCAGAGGAAGAAAGUGAAAUGGUCGAAGUUUCUGGUCCUGAAUUGGCUCAGAAGGAAAUCGAACGAAUGACAAAGGAACUGCACAACCUAAAGUCUCUCAACCUAGCAUACAAUGAAAAGGAGGAGGUUCUUAUAGAUAUUACGAGGGAUAAAUUCUACGAGUUAUUUAAUGAAACAAGAAGACAAGCAAUUGAGAUUAGAAACUUGAAAGAGCAAUUGGAAGGAAGGAUAAAAAUAAUAGAAAAGAUGAAUGAGGAAUAUAUCUAUGAUUUUCAGAGGUUGAAAAUGACAAUUAUUGAAAAAUUGGAACAAAAAAAGGCACUCACUGAUGAUAUUAUGCUACUUUCAACUAUGGGUGGUUCUUUAAUUGCUGAUUUUUCAUUACUAUUGGAGGAGGAAAGAAAAAAGGCACUAGAUCAAUUGAAAUCUGUUAGAAUAACUUUUGGUAAGGAAAAGAAAGUUAUUGAAAACCAAAAGUUAAAAGAAAUGCUCAUUUGGAAGCAAAAGCUGGAAUAUCUUAUUCAGGAUCGAAACAGAAUUGUCGAAGAAUUGAAGAAAACUCACGAAGAAGAGAAAAAGCGCCUGAUGGAAGAACUCUCUCUCCACAAGGGUAAAAAGGGACUUAAAAAACUCAACUCUAAGGCCAAUCUCUCCACCAGAAAGAUUUCUUCUCCAAUGCUGAGUGUGAGGGAUAAACCUAAGAAACAUCUCUUCAUGACUCACACCAAGCCAAUUAGUAUUGAGCCAACCAUUAAAAUCUCAGCUCCAACCAUAAGUGCAACAAUCACCCACGGAUCAACUAGACAUCUUCUAACAAAACCAUCUCCUUUGAUGAAUAUUACACAUGCUGUAACCAAUACUGUCACACCAACUACUCACCCACUACCUCCCCAACAAACUCCACUCACAACUACACAAUCCUCAACUGUGGCCACCACUACCAACGCUAAUUCCACAAUACCCACUCGUGCUAGCUCAGACCUGCCCUCAAAAAUUCUCACAACAUCCCACUACCACAGUAAUUCAAGUACUGCACUACAUCCAACAAGACCUAAGAGUGGAGGUGCAAUUCUUUCAAAGAAAGAGUCUGUGGUUAUUCCAGUUGACGAAGGUCCAAUGUUGAGGACCUCUCUUGAUAGAAAGCGAGUCAACUUACUUAGAAGUGCUAAAAAGAGUUACAGAGAAGUUUUGGAUAUAGACUCUGAAGAAGAAGCUUUGCUGAACGAUAAACCCGUUAAAUAUAAGGGAAGAAACAACAUGACAAAGCUACAUAGCGAAAUUCUUGUCCACAAGAAACAAAACAGAGCACUCAGAGUCUUAUUGAAGGAGAAGAAUGAGAAACUUCGAACAGUAGUGGCAAAACUAAAGCAAGUGCGACAAAAGAGAGAAACGGCCUUGGAUGAGUUGGAAAAGUUUAGAGAAAUGCUAGCCCAAGAAAUGAGCACCAAUUCUUCUCUUAGAAUUCAAAUUAAGAGUCUAACCGAGCAAGUCAAAAGAUACUCAAGACAGGAAAGAAACAAUUCUCUCAUGGAAGCCAAAAAUGAAAACAAAUCCAUGCAAAGAAUUCGAGAGGAGGGAAAGAAACGAACAUUUGAGAUCAGAUCCAAGUUUGGUGGACUAAAAAACCAAAUGAAAUUUUGGUCAAGGGAAAUGAAAGAGGAGUUAAUGAAUGUAAUAGAUAUAGAAGGAAUAGAAGAGUUGGAAACGGCUGUUGCUGAAGCAGGAGCCGUAGAUAGUGUAUUUUCUAAAAACUUGGAAAAGUGGGAUCGUUUCAUUAGGAAAACUGCUCUCAAAAAAGCAUCAAGUCAACCAGCAUUAAUGGUUGCUCAAAAUGAAAACAAAAAGGCCAGCAGAGUGAUGAUAUGUGACAGAGCAAUGCAGACUGAAAUGACUUGCUUUCCAAAUGCUGAGAGUGUAUCAAAGCAAACCCUUAGUGUUGGAAAAACUGUUCCAAAGGAUCUUGAAGACGCUUUUGAUACCAUUGAACAGCAAAAUGUUGUUCUUGAUGAACUAAUUCAUGAUAUUGAAAGAAAUUACGAAUUGGAUAAGGCUGAAAAGACUAAAUUUUACCGAAUCAAAGAAAAGAAGGACAUAUUAGAAAGGGAAAGAAUGGCAAAAUGGGGAAAGGUAUUUUCUCUUGCUCAAAAACUUUCGAAUUAUGGCAAUAUCCGAGGAAUUCCACUCUCUAUUAGUACUAUUGACCAAGAGGUAGGAUUGGAUAAAGAUAUGAAAAAUCAAGCCUCAAUCUUUCGGCAAUUUCACAUAUCUCAAUCGACGCUGUCAGAAACUCGAUCUUCUUCCCCUAACAAAUCUAGAACAGCAUCAAGAGCUUCACAUAGAAAUCCUGACAUUGUAAAUAACAGGUUAGAAGAUUACCCAUAUGGAAUUAAUAAGAGAUCAGAGAGCGUUGGUCCCUUCAUUGUUGAAUAUGCAGAUCCUGUCAAUGAAUCAACACUUUCAAGAUUAAGUGCCAUACCAACAAUCUCACCAAAGAAGACUUUACCAAAAUUAUUUACCACAUCUCUUCAUACUAGUCAGAACUCUUCAUUGAACAAUACCAAAGAUUCAAGUAUACUCAAAGGGAAUUCAGAUAUCUUGUUGGGAAGAAUGAGUGCUCCUUUAGUGAGACCAAGGAAAAAGAAAGAAAAUCAAACUAUGGAAUCUAAUGAUUACAGACAGUUUCUCAACCCAUACAAGCAACAUCAAAAAAAACCAUUCAUGUAA